AUCGAGUACGGUUGAGCUUCUUUCAUUUUCGCUUCAUCUCUAGACUAUACCAGCAGCAGCUUCGAAGCAGCACCCAGCGUUAAGUUGUUAGUUCGAUUAUCGUUGGCCGUUGACAUACCUCGCUGGAGUCAUUAUUGUGCUGUGGGAACAUUUCCUUAAUAAAUCCAGCAAAAGAAAUUCAGAUAUGGGUCAUAGACUUCUUAUACUGGCUAUUGUUGGACUUGGAUCGCUGUACGUUUUGCAUCUGCUUGCGCAAGACUUUAUGAAACUGUCGAAACCCCUCUUCAUGGCGUCUGGGAAACGUGACACAUCUUUAUUCAAUCGAACCAGUGAACUUAUAAACUUUGAACAGCACAUAGACUGGAACAGGAUAUUAAAGCACGACCCAUUCAAGUGCUCACAAUCCCUUAUUUGCCAAAUAGCAGCUGGAGCUGAAAUGAAAAAUUCCGCGGCAAAUGCAAUCUACGAAUUUGUACAGUACAGUGUAGAAAACAACAAGAACGUUCCCAGCCGGAUAAAGCAAUCUUUCGAGCGGGGGCUCAGUUUCAAUCAAUUUAACGAGAUAGAUUACAGCAACUGCUUUGCACACUAUCCACUUUGCAUAUACUCGGCGAAAACUAUGCUCAAACUGCUGGAUCUGCACACCAAAUUAUUUCAACCAUGGACCUAGUGUUUAAAAGUAUAAAUUUAAGAUUAAUGUAUAGCACGAUAAGAUAGUUCUUAAG